GAUUCGUAGGGCAUAUAGUCGCUUGCUUGCUUUAGCAGAUAUGUUUGUUCCAGGACAGAUCGCUGCUUAGAGUGAUACCCAGGAGUUUGAAACUAUCAACAACUUCAAGCGGACUACCGUUUAUUGUCAGAUGAUCAAAUUCAGGUUCAGAUUGUAAAAAGGAUACACGAAAUUCUUUGGUUUUCUUGGCAUUCAACCGCAUAUUGUUAGUAUUGCUCCAAUCACAGAUUGUACUAAUAUCUAGUUGAAGGAUAGAAUUACAAGCUGGCCGGGAAACCACUUCAUAUGUACUGCAAUCAUCCACGUACUUAUACAAUGGGUGUGUGGUGGUGGUAGUGGUGUGGUCGUUGAUCAUCACUAGGAAAAACAGGGGACCAAGGAUAGUUCCUUGAGGUACGCCGGCCUUAAUCUGUUUCCAAUUAGAUCUUAUUUCUCCAAGUUUUACACGAAGUUGACGAUCUUGUAAAAAAUUGGCACACCAAUUUAUCAAUAUGGGGGGGCACAUCUAAAUUUGUUAGUUUCAUUAGGAGAAUGUUAUGAUCAAUACGAUCGAACGCUUUUGAGAAAUCAAUCAUACAUGAUCUAAUUAGGGUUCCAGGUUUGUCAGUUUCAACCAACCAAUGGUGAAUGAGAUGAAUGAGCUGGUGAGUUGUCGAACAGUUCUUUAUGUUUCCAUAUUGAUAUGGAUCGAUGUGCGGAUGAAUAGAGGAAAGGAGCCAACGAUAAAUAAAACGUUCCAGUAUUUUACUAAGGACAGAUGUAAGAGAAAUUGGUCGUAAGUCAUCAUCUGCAGAUUUGGGAUUAGGUACUUUAGAGAUUGGUAUGACGUCCGCACAUUUCCAGGUGUUAGGGAAAGCACCUUGAGCAAUGGAAGAAUUGAAUAUAGAACAAAUAGGACUGCUAAGAAAAGAUGCGUAAAACUUAAGGAGCCAGUUUUGUAUUGCAUCCGGACCAACAGAUUUAUGUACUUUUAUGUUGGACAAUUCGUACUCGACUUGUUGUGGUGAGAGAAUGAACUCAUUAGGAAUUGUAGUAAUUGGUAACUUUGUAAAACUCAGUGCUGGAAUAUCAUCUGAUACUUUGCUGAAAGAUUCAGCAAUUAAAUCUGCUAAAUCUGCGCCUCGCUUGAAUUCACCAUCAUGGUACAGGCAGGAGGGUAAGGGUGGCUUUGCAAAUCCAGACAAAGCUUUGAUGUUUUUCCACCACUUCUUAGGGUUGCUAUCCUUAGUAUUUAAUAUCUUUGAGUUAAAAUAUGUGCGUCUAGCUUGCCUGCAUAAUUUAGUAGUUUUGUUGCGGUAGAAGGAGUAUGCCGAGGGAUGGCCAGUUAACCAUGCUCGUUGUCGUUUGGCGAUAAGCUUUUUAAUGUUAGUAUUUAUCCAUGGUUUAUCAGAUGGGUGGAGCUUAAUGCUGCGCAUAGGAAGGUGAGAGUCUAUCGCCUUAGAUAGAAUUGCAUUAAAACAAGUUAACUUCUCGUUGCACGUCGUAUAAUGUUGAACACAAGACCAGUCGGUUCGCGAUAAUUCCAUCGUCAGCGCUUGUUUAUUGGCCAAUCUGCAAUCUCUUCUAAGAAUACGGGUAGUGGGUUGGGUAGUAGGACAAUAUGCUUUUGGCUUUAAUAUUAUAGAUGAGUGGUCUGAACUGCCGAUAGGAGGGAGAAUUAAUGAUUCACAAUAGUUACGAUGUAGGUUGGAAUAAAUUUGAUCUAAGAUAUUUGCUCCUCGUGUUGGUCUUAAAACAAGUUUUUUCAAUUUAUAUGAAGAGCACAAACUGCCCGGCUUAAAUUGAUUGAAGUCGCCCAGGAUAAUAAUACCAGAAUUUGGAUAUUUUGUUAGGGCAAUAUCGAGGGAUUGGAAUAGAUGGUUUCGCAGAAUGUUGUUAUUAUUUUGCGGUGGGUGGUAUACUGUGACCAUGAUAAUCGAGUUAAUAUUCCUUGGUAGUCUAUAUGGCUUGAGUAAGAACCAUUGUGUUUCGACUUGCACAUCAGAAAAAUAGUCUAAUUCUAUAAAAUUUAGUUCUUUGUUGAUGUAAGUACAUAGCCCUCCCCCGCGUUGCUCCGAAGCUCUGUCCUUGCGCACUGUUGAAAAACCUGGUAUGCUGAUUAAAUUGUCAGUUAUAUGUGAUAAAAGCCAGCUUUCAGUGAUAACUGCGAUGUCACAUUUAUUCGUUAAGACUGCACCACAUAUCUCAUCAAUUUUAUUUACCAUAGAUCGGGUAUUACUUAGAAAUAUUGUAGGAAAGUCAUGCUUUGUUGAGCUAUUUACGAUUUGAAUAUUUAAUAGGUUGCUUCGAUUAAUCACUUUGGUUUGAGUUGCAGGGAAUCUAAAACAGUAAUUUCUUCGAGAAUGUAUAGUUGGAAUAUAAUUCGUACAGGUACGUUUUGUAUAUAAUCUUGUAUGUUUCAUUCCAUGUUUUCGACGUUGCCAGUAUUCAACGUUGUAAUCACGAAUUUCGAAAUACUUUUCAAAUUGGAGAUUCGAAAAUGACUGAAGUUUUGUACCAGCCUAAUGCUUUAAGUCCAAACUGCAUGUGCAAUUACUUAACAAAUGUUCAAGUUGAAGAUCUACUUCUAAAAAUAACUACUUCUUGAAAUAUAUUUGGAAGGCUGAGCUUUUGUUUAUAGCAUUUUUGCUGCUGUUUUGCUCAACAAAUUUAAGAAAUAAAUCCCUCAAAUUGCUCAAAAGUUUACCAUGAAAUUCGCUCUCAAGGAAGGUCUCUAAUUGAGAAGGUCUCUAAUUGGGUCAACGAAGUGACAAAAUUAGCCGAAUUUGCUCUAUCUCAACCACAAGCGUCCUAUACCGCAUGAGUUAAGAGAUCUCGAAGCGGAACUCCUCAACAUUGUCUGUAGUGACGUCAAAGUUGAGCCUGUCCUACAAGACAUUUCCGGAAAGCAACUAAAUGAAGGUUCCAACAGAGCACCUGACGCUAGACUCAACAUUCAUGCGCGUGGGUUCUGAUAAAGUCAACGAUCAACCUUUUUUGAUGUAAGGGUUUGUCACCCCAAUGCUGAUUCGUAUAAGGACCUACGCCAAGUCUACACGAUACACGAAAACGAGAAGAAACGCCUCUAUGCAAGGAGAAUCCUCGAAAUAGAGCAAGGAACAUUUACGCCACUCGUAUUCACCACCACAGGCGAUAUGGGCAAAGAAUGUGUGAGAUACCAUAGUCGAUUGACAGAGUUGGUAGCGAUAAAGAAAGGCGAUGAUUAUGCGACAACUAUGAGUUGGAUAGGAGCCAGAACCUCACUCGCUUUACUGAGAUCGGCAAUUACCUGCUUGAGGGAUUCAAGUGCAAGGAAAAUCGUGUAUGAUAUUAAGAACAUUGAUUUCAACAUUGAGAACGCCGAGAGUGGUGUCUCUCAAACAUUUUAGAUUGUACAUAUACAAAGUUUAAUUAUUUAGCGGAAUAUUAGUUUAGUUAUUUAGUUAUGUAGCGGUAAAAUUUUUAGUUAUUUUGCGGUAUAUGUUCCACCAUGAAACCCAUGAAAAAGAUAUAGGAAUACCAAAAACAUAGCAAAAGGCAACAAAAACUGAACAUAAGUGAUUUAGAAAGUACCUUCAAUGCUUCUGAUAAAAACAACUAAGAUAUGUUUUCGGCGAAAGGCAAAAAAAUACAAUAGUCAAUAAUAUCAAAAAUUAAAUCUGAGCAACACGACGAAACCUACGAUUUAACGUCUUUCAUAGCAAAUCCAGCAGCACAGAUGCUGAAAAACAUUAGCAAUUUAGUCUGUAUAUCACUGGAGUUUUUUCCCCCUAGCAUUUUAAACAGUUUCUCCGCAACUUUAGCAUCACAAUUUUAUAAAAAUUUUGUAUUGUUGUUGCUCCUUCGCCCGCUUAAAAAUUCAAGUGACAGUAAAAGCAUGCGCGUGACGUCACUGAGUGCAUGUUAGGAGAAUUUUAAAGUCAAUCUUUUCCAUAAAAUUGUUUACUAUAUGUUAUUUCUUCUACUUAUAUGUUAUAAAAGAAAUAGAAAAACUCGUCUUGUGCGUUUAUCGUGUGAUAAUGCAAGCAGGGAAUGUUGGAAGAAUACUCGAGAAGCGUGUUACGCCUCGUGUUUUACACGUUUCUCUCGUAUUCUCCCAACAUUCCCUGCGUGCAUUAUCACGCAAUAAACGCAAGCGACUCGUUUUCUAUUUCUUAAUUAAUAACACUUUUCACAUUACUAGUUUCGGAAACACAAUACAGCGGUCAAAACACCAUACAACACAAUGAAAACAUGUCAUAUCAAAAUAAAUAGAAUCGUACAAAUUGAGAAAUCUAUAGGAUACAAAACGAAAUGGAUUUAAAAGAAUAUAACGGCGAGGUUUCUCCCAACAGUCGGGAUAGUUUUUGCUAUUUGUUUGAAAACAGAAACUCCGGUUUUAAGUACGUUUUAAAUUGUCCGUGAAUAUGUUUGACACAGUAAAAUAAUAUAGUCUAGGACCUGCACAUGAGUUUGUAUGCGUUUCAUUUAGGACAGGUAAUCUCAACUGUUUUAGGGUAAAAUCACCAUGACGGUCAACAACAUGACAUAUGUGCCAAAACCUGAAUCGGGGACAAAAGUCCUGAAAAUGACACCGCCCUGAAAGGGCAGUGUCGACAUAGCUCUAACUUCUGAAAUGGAAAAGGAAAAGCGAUAGCCUUUCUGAAGUGCUUAUAGUGUUUAUAAGGGUUGCUUUUAGGGGUGGUCAUUGUUAUAAAUGUAAAACUGUUGUUCUUUUUUUUCGCAUUUUUUUAAAAUUAGAGCACUAAUUAAGUAAGUUCAUAAAUGUUAAAGUUAAUGAAUAGGAUCAUAAUAAUCGUUCACUGUUUAUUCAGUUCAUGGUGUAGUUUUUCAAGUAAUUGGGUUUCUUUCUCACUCGUCUUGGUCUACUUGACUCUUGUGUCAUCGGAUGCUCUUGCGCUUUGUGCUGAUCUUCAUUGAUACUCGUCGCUGCAUCGUUGGCCGUCAUUGUUACUCGUUGGUCAUCAUUGUUACUCGUAGUCACUGGAACGGUAUGUCGGUCGUUUCCUGUCACUUCUGGUAUUUCUGCCUGGAUCUCAAUAGCGGGCUGCCGUCCACCAAUCUGUGGUCUCCCCUCAGUCGGGUGUUCAUUAUGUUCCGUCGUCUUCUUAAUAUCUACUCUAUUUCGUCGGAAAUUCCCCCUAUCAGUCUCUACCUCGUACGACCGUUCAUCAUAUCUUCUUUUAACCGUUGCUCGAUCCCAUGAUUUCUGUCCAAGUCUAAAUGGCCGCAUUCGCACAGUAUCUCCCUCUUCAAGGGGCAACAGAUUUUUAGCACCUACGUUGUAGUAAUCCGCUUGUUUGUCGUUUCGUCUUUUCCUCUGUUUCAUAAUCUUUGUAUUUGGAACACUCUCCGGCCUGAGUAAUUCAGUAGUGGUCGGCAGGAGGGUUUUGCAUCGUCUAGCGAGUAGCCUCUGGGCUGGGCUGGACUCCAUUUCUUCAGUGGGUGUAUUUCUAUGAGCCAAAAUCGCCAGGUACGGAUCAUUUCCAGUUUCAACCGCUUUACGUAUCAGCUUCUUUGCAGAUUUUACAGCAGAUUCUGCCUUUCCAUUGGCUUGCUGGUGUCCGGGGCUGCUUACACGAUGUUCGAAACCCCACAAUUUGGCAAAGUUUCCAAAUCUCUCAGAGACGAACUGGCUACCAUUAUCGCUGACAAAGAUAUCCGGAAUUCCAUUCCUGGCAAAAUGACCUUUUAUCUUUCUGAUACAUGUGCUAGCUUUGGUAUCUUCGAGACGGUUGAUUUCCCAGAAAUUUGAGUAGUAAUCUACCAACACGAGGUAGUUGUUGUCACCAAUGGUAAAGAUGUCUGCGCCAACUUUUUCCCAUGGUCGCUCUGUUAUCUCGUGGCUCAUCAGCGUUUCUUUCUGUUGUCUGGUCUCAUACCUUCGACAUAUCUCGCACUGACCUAUAAACUCCUUCAUCUUUGCGCUCAUCCCAGGCCAAAACAUACAUUCCCGUGCUCUCCUUAGGCAGCCAUUCACUCCAAUAUGGGACCUAUGUACAUCAAGCUUCAUUUGCUGUCGCGUUCCUUUCGGAAUGACCAAUCGCUCUCCCCUGAAGACCAGACUAUCGUACACACUAAGCUCAUCUCUAUAGCUAUAAUAUGGAUGAAGCAUGGUUGGUAGGUCUUGUUUCUGUUCAGGCCACCCCCGGUGUAUGACUUCUUUUAAUCGUUGGAGAACAUCAUCGCGCUCUGUAUCUCUUUUGAUCUGUUCUUGUCUCUCUUUGGAAAGUGAAAUGGCUUUGAGUGCGUUGAUUCUUUCAAAUUCUCCUUGUGUGUUGGCGCUGCUGGUCAAAAAGGCUCUGCUCAAAGUAUCUGCCAGAUCCAUCUGAGGUCCAGGUUUGUAGGAAAUCACGGUGUCAUAUUUCUGUAUGUUCAGCAACAUACCUUGAAUCCGUUUGGGUGCAUCGUGAAGCGUUUUCCGAGCUAUGGCUUCCAGUGCCUUUGGGUCAUUCUCGAUUGUUACCAGUUGUCCACACGC